UUUGUACAUAAAGAAAAGACACUAACGAUUCUUGUCAUUUGCAGUUUAAUAGUCGUACAUUGGUUGUUAGGGCAACGUAAGAAGAUGGAAAGAGCGAUUGGAUUCCUUCUUGCUAUGUUAGCAAUACUCAUGGCAAUACCUGAAACUACAUCGUAUCACUUUGUACCCGCUGGUAGAAUUCGUCGUCAGCCGCCCGUCGGAAUGCGAUACAGAAAAUUUGCGGGAAAACUUCAACCGUCCAUGACGCAAGGACUCAAAAUAUCUCCGGCUCGUUCUAUCGGAAGAAAAGGACCACUGUACUUGCCAGCGAGAUCGAUAUAUGAAACUGCCAGGAGAAAUACGCACUCUCGGCGCAUUUCAUGCCCCACCAUUCGUCAUGUUGAUAUAAUGUCUGUGGCACGGGAAAGCUUAGCGAGAAUAAAUGAACGAGACGGUAGAGACAUUCUUGCGAUCAAGAGAAUAGCAAGGCCAGGGGUACGGCGAUGUAAAAAAUGCACAAACGGAGUGUGCGUCUUCGAUCACAUGAGGGCAACAGCAAACUUGGUAUUGGCGCCAGAAUGCAGGUCUGGGAAUUGCGAGUGUGGAGUUGAACGAGAUCGCCCGGAGAGAUCAUGCCAUAUAUCGGGUUGGACACAACCCGGACGUUCUGCCUACAAUAUUCACAUACGAUGCAAAGACUUCACAAUGAGCAGCGGAGUAGAAGUCCCUGCGAGUAGACUACCACAUAGACCUACACCAAGCAGACGUCCAACAAAACCUAGAACUGAAGAAACAACAGAAGGACCUACAACGACUACUUUGCCCAUCGUCACUUUCCCUCAGGAUUUUGACAUAGACGAAGGAGGUAGAGGGGACAGACCAACGGAACCAGAAGGAUCGGGAUUUCGUCCAGCGCCGAUUCUCAACGAAGAAGCAGAUACAAGCGGUGAUUCAUACAGUGAGCCAACACCAUUAAAUGGCUUUGACAAGGACGUUGCGGGAGAAGAACUGCUGCAGUGAGACAAAAAUGUAAUAAAGCAACAUCAUAAUUAGCGCAUAUCUUCCAGUCAGUCACCCAAUGCUUCAAAACAUAUAUCACAAUUUAUUUUGCUGUCAUCAAUUUAACUGAACUGGCAUCAUUAGUUAGGCAAAGAUGUCGUAAACAAGUCAUUGUUAAAUUACAUUCUCAUCUUCGAUUUUAGGAAAGUAUUUUAGAUACUUUUUCAUUUUAAGCAUUGAAAUAGUACAGCCAGCAUAACUUUCGGCGCUCCAGAAGUGUGUGUACCAAUAUUGAGGUAACUAAUUUUGUUCGCCUAUUUUACAUCAAGUUGUGUUUACAUCCAACAGUCCCCGCACUCAUAAUAGAACGAAAAUGAGAAAAAUCGAAAUGAAAUUGGGGCCUAACCCUAACCUGGUACACACACUAGGGGAGUACCUAAUUUUCUGUCCUGCUAGUGCUACUCACAUUAUUCUUUUUGUGCCCUUAUUUCAUAGCAGCAUUAUUAGCCAAUUUUUAUUAAUAAACUAGAAUAACAAAAUG